UUCGUGCCUCCCUUGCAAUGGUGAAGAUUCCCGCCGUCCCCAAGCCGUCAAAGACGUACGUCGCCGGGCAGCGUGAGAAGAAUCAGAAGGCCACGCCCCCGAGCCGGCCGGUUCGCGUGGUUGAGGCGGAGGAGGUUGAAAACGUCCGCGCGGAGCUCGUCAAGGUUCCCGAGAAUUGCCUCGAGAUGCAGCCGGUGGUCACCGCCGCCGCGGCUCCGCUGGCCGACGGCCUUGGCCCGGUGGUGAAGGAGGCCUUCGGCCCCGGCGCCAAGGUCAAGCAGAUGCGGCUCAAGUCAGGCGUGCGCACCGAAGAGGCCAAGAAGUCGGAAGACAACAUCAUGAAGCUCAUCGAGCUGAUCACGCAAGGCGGCAGCUUCGACUACACGUUCGAGGAGGACCUGUCGAUCCCAAUUGACGGGAACGAGCAGAUCGACAACAUCGUCGUCGAGGCGGGCACGUCCAUCGCGAUCGCCGUCGAGUCUACGCCCAUCAAGCAGAAGGUCCCGAUCCUCGGGACCGUCACAGUCGGGUACCAGUUCGUCAUCACCUGCCCUCUCGUGGCGAAGCUGUCCCUCGACUUUGCCGAUGGCGCGGAGAUCCAGGUGCCAUUCAGCUCCCUCGGCUGCUGCACGGACUGGUGCGCCUCCUGCAAGGAGAAGCCGCCUUCGGCUUGCUGCGAGUCGGGCGGUUGCUGCGUCAAGGGCGGCGAAUGCGCGUGCUGGACCGAGCCGUAUCUUGUCCUGAGGCCGCGCACGCUCGAGCUCGACGUUCCGCUCACGCUGUCGCUCAACGACUCCAUCAUGAUCUCCGACAUCCCCGCCAUCAUCUCCGACCCUUCCAAGCUCCUCAAGACGCUCGUGAUUGCGGUGACGGAGCGGCCCUACAUCAAGGCCAAGGCCGCGCUGCGUUGCUGCCGCGACUGGGUCUGCUUCCCGUUCAUGCAGCUGUUUUCGCUCUGCGCCAACACGUGCCUCCUCCCGUGCGUGCUCCGCGGCCUCUCGAAGCGCCUCGUGGGCAUGACAUUCGGGCCGGGAGCUGACAAGGAGGCGAGGAAGCGCGCGCGCCCGGAAGCGACUCGAUAGAUAGACGACCGAUCUCUCCGACUAUAGGCAUGACCCGUGGACGUGGCCGAACGAGCGGCCCGGUAUCGCCGAGAUGCCGUCCUGCGCCCUCAGUCUGCUAGACUGACUGCUAGGGACGGGCACCUAUACGCGGUUUUGCGGCCACACACGCGUCGAGGUUGAACGCGCGCAGGGUGUCACGUGAGACUUGCGCUCUCGCCGCGCUGUGGUCGGCGCGCGCCGCGCCGUUCCGGCCGACGCAGACGCGUUAGUUUGUUGUGAGAGCAGAUUGUGAAUGAGCUUGCCUGUGGCGGGGGCGGGCGAGUGCACGGAGCUAAGUGCCUCGCCGCCCUCGCGGGAGUCGCAGGCGGUGUUAAUGCC